AAUUGUAUGGUUGCAUUUGCGCUCAAACUUUGCGCUCAAACAAAAACAAAAGCAUAAAACAAGAAAAACAGAAAGGUUUCGUCUCCGACCCAACAACAUCAGAGCUUUCAACUCCAGAGGCCGAUCAGUUCUGUUGCACCAUUUAAUUGAAGCAACAACUUGUGCCUGACCUUGAGCAAGUUCAAGUCUCUCUCAACAGCCGAAUCAGAUCUCAAAGAUGGAGGAGGCUAUUGAUAGAGAAGCUUUCAAGUCAUGAGCUGCUUAGCCAAAAGAGGUCGCAGGAAUGGAAACCCAGAAGCAGUUUCAAAUCAACCUCGGUAAUCUCAUGCCCUUUGACCCUCAUCACCAAUUCCCCUCCACUACAUCCUCCAGAAAAGACUUGCUGCCUAAUACUUGUUUCUGAUUACAAUUGGCAUUCUGUUAAUUGUCAUGAUUAAACACCAACUGAAUUUCAAAAUCCUCCAAAGAAUAAAGAGUUCUAGGAAGUUCAGGCCCGAGUGUUGUUCCCCAACAAAGAGAAAGAAGAGCAUAGAAGUAAUGGCACCCCAAGUGAGGUUGCAAGGUGUUGAUGAUAAAUUGCAGAAGCUUCUGGAUACUAACAUGGAUGAAGCUCCGGCCAGAAGGAGAGCUCGUGAAGCUUUUAAGGACAUUCAGCUUAAUAUUGAUCAUAUAUUAUUCAAGACACCAACUGAUGGACUGAAAAUAAAAGAGUCAUAUGAAGUGAACUCCAGGGGAUUGGAGAUCUUCUCCAAGAGUUGGCUUCCAGAGACAUCUCAGCCCAAAGCAAUACUGUGUUACUGUCAUGGUUACGGAGAUACUUGCACAUUUUUCUUUGAAGGAAUUGCAAGGAAGUUGGCAUCAUAUGGAUAUGGAGUUUUUGCAAUGGACUACCCUGGAUUUGGUCUUUCGGAAGGUCUUCAUUGCUAUAUUCCUAGCUUUGAAAUGCUCGUGGAUGAUGUCAUUGAGCAUUUCUCUAAAGUCAAAGAGCAACCUGAGUUCAAUGCUCUCCCAAGCUUUCUCUUUGGGCAGUCCAUGGGCGGAGCUGUAGCUCUUAAGAUUCACCUAAAACAACCUAGUGGAUGGAAUGGUGCUAUCCUAGUUGCACCUAUGUGCAGAAUUGCAGAUGACAUUUCCCCGCCGUGGCUACUAGCACAAGUCCUAAUUGGUGUUGCUAAAUUCCUUCCAAAGCAGAAGUUGGUUCCACAAAAGAAUCUAGCUGAGGCAGCCUUUAAAGACUUGAAGAAACGGGAAAUGACGGCCUAUAAUGUUGUUGCUUACAAGGAUAAGCCACGCCUGCAGACUGCUGUAGAAAUGCUCCGGACAACUCAAGAGAUAGAAAGUCGAUUAGAAGAAGUCUCUCUUCCAUUAUUAAUCCUUCAUGGGGAAGCUGAUAUUGUGACCGAUCCAUCUGUGAGUAAGGCGCUUUACGAGAAAGCAAGCAGUUCCGACAAGAAGCUAAUCCUUUAUGAGGAUGCAUAUCAUUCCCUUCUGGAAGGUGAGCCGGAUGAAAUGAUAGUUCAAGUUUUCAAUGACAUCAUAUCAUGGCUCAACGAACACAGCUCAAAAUUUACAGCUAGAUAAUCUUACUAUUCACGCAAUUAAUUUUCUUUUUCAUUAUUACAUUAUUUUUUUCUAAUGAAAGAAAUACAGCAUUGAUUGUAUCUAUCUUGUCUUGAAUAAAUUUUGUACUGAAUAGC